CAUGCUAUUCAAGUGGCUCGUUCUUGCCGCCUUCGUGACUGUGGCCUGGUCCAAGUGCGAGGACGGAGUGGAUAAUGUCAUCAAGUUCACGGACACCACCAGAGGAAAGGGAAAAAUUAUUUUCACCGAUUUCGAGGUGACCACCUACGAUGAGAACAAGGAGCCAUCUUGCAAGAAGGGAAAGCCGCAGUUCAGACUUCCAGGACACUUCAAGCUUCACAAGGGAUUCAUCACUGUCAACGAGCCAAUCACCGACGAAGACUCCCUGGAGCUCGCGCUGAACGUCGAGAAGGACAGCUUCAUGAUCGGAAAAGUGUGCUCCAAUGGAAAAUCUGAGAACUCGUUUGUCCCGGAUCAACUUUGCAAAUACACCCUCUGCUCACUUGCUCCAAGUGUGUGCUCGGUCCUCAAGAUCAAGACCAACGGACCAAUCGACGUGACCCCAUUCGUGCAAAAGGAGCCAAUUGACAUCGGAGCCCUGCCAAUUCCACAACUCGGAGGAGACUGGAAGGUCGGAGCAAGAAUCGUUCAAAACGGAAAAACCUUGGCUGGAGUUCAACUUGGAAAUGGAAAGACGUGGUUGAAUAUUUAUUCUGAGGAAGGAAAGGGAGGAUCAGUGAACUACGACGCAGUGCCACCAGGUGGACCAAGCUUCGAUCACGAGGAAUUGUAGACUUAAUAGUGGUUUUGUUAAUUGUUGUUGCUAUUUUGACAUUAUAAUUAUUAUACUUGACAUUUAAUUUAUAUAAAUAAAAAUUUAAGAAA